UUAUUAGAAUUAAUGUUCUUAUUUCAAUAGUUUCAUUUUCUGAUUUUCAUUAUAUUGAGUCGACUCACGGAGACUGGGUCGUGUUGUUUGUCAUUUACACGUUCCUAUUGAAGUCUAUAUUAACGGUCACCAUGACGGAUUCCGAUUUGAGUGAAAUUUCUUCCACAAGCGAUGUAAAUUAUUCGGACAUCGACUUCGAUACACCGAAUACAACGGACAUGAAGUUCAGUGACGUCAGUGACUACCCAUGUGAUGAAAGUUCUGUUGGGAAUAUUUCAUUUGAAAAAAAAAAAAAACUAGGUGUGAGAUCAUUGGACCAGGAUUCGCCGUCAUCGUUUUCAGAAAAUGAAUUAGACGCUGUGUCGUUAUCUUCAUAUGUAACGAGUUAUGGAAAUACCAGCCAGUAUGAUACUAAAUGUGCUGUUAUAUUGUGUAAUUCAAAUGCAAGAAAUCAGUUUGAUAAAUUAUUUUUCAUCAAUUUUCCUAGGGAUAAUAAAAGUCUUUGUGAAAUUUGGUGGAGAUUAUGUGGACACCAUGGUUUGUUUAAUCCUUCGUCAAAGAUAUGCUCUAUUCACUUUAAAGCAGACGAUUUUACUUCUAAUAUGGUAAGAAGAGAUGGAAAACUCUAUAGACAAACUAUUUUGAAAAAUAAUUAUAUUGUACCAACUCUUUAUCUACAACCAUAUGAGUAUGCAAAGUUUACUAGAAAACGGAAAAAACGUGUUAAUGGUAUUAGCAAACACAAGAAAUCAAAAUCAAUUGAUGUAUGUGUAAUUCAAGGCUGUAAGAAAACUUCUUUUAAAAAUGGGAAAACUACAUUAUUUUUCAAAUUUCCACUUGAAAAUAAAUUUCUGCUUAAAAAAUGGUUAAAUAAUAUCGGAUUGCCUUAUUGGAAGCCAUUAAAAACUAAUCGAAUAUGCUCUGAUCAUUUUGAAAGUUAUUACAUUGUGAAGAUUGAUGGUGUUUAUCAACUUAAAAAGUAUGCAGUUCCAUCAAUAAAAGCAAAAAACUUGUUUGUCAUGAACCACACAAAUAACAAUAAUGGGAAGUUCAAAACAUCUGUUAAUGAUCCCAUUAGUCCAUCUGAUUUUAAUAGGCUAGAAUUUAAUAUGGUAGAUAAAAAUACUUUAGUAGUCGAAGAAAAAAAAAGAAAAAAUGGUAAUAUUAGAAAAACUAAUUUACUAACUUCAUUAGAACGUAAGAUAAAUCAACAACUAAAGAAAUAUGAUAAAAUACUUGAAGCUACAUCACUUACAAAUUCUCCAGUAUUGCAAGAUAGUGAUAAAGAAGAACAUUUCUUAACAAAAUGCAAUAAAACAAAUGUUGAGGAAACAUUGGAUGAUGUCAAUAAUUUUAAAGAAUUACAAUCUACUAAGAAGACUAAUUUAAGUUUAACAAAACAAUAUCUAGAAUCAUUUGAGAAAGAAAUUGCAAAAGAAAGAGAAAACAUAAAUGGAAAUUUAAAUAGUAAUGACAUUGAUUUAGAAUAUGUCUAUUUGGAUAUAUUAAAUGAUGUUAAUAUGAAUGCAAGUGGUGUGAUGGAAGUUCAACCUACAUGUGAUACAAACAAUAGCUUAAAUGUUAAAAAUAAUACAGAUGAAUUGGAAUUUGAAACGAGUAAAAAUGGUUUGAAUAGUAUGUCUGUAGAAUCAAUGAAGGAAAAUAUAUUGUUUGAAGAAAAAGAAGAGAUGAAUAAAAUUUCAAAUAAUAAUGAUAUUGAUUUGGAAUAUGUUUAUAUGGGUAUGUUAAAUGAUGAAAGUAUGAUGGGAGUACAACCUAUAUAUGAUACUAACCUUAGUAUAAAAGAUGAAAGUAAUGUAACUGAAACAGUAUUUGAAACAAAUAAAAAUAAUUCAAAAAAUACAAUUGUAGAAUCACCAGUGCUUAAAAUUGCUGAAGAAAUUCCUGAUUCUAUCAUUUAUGAUCAAGUUUUAUCAGAAUGUUAUGGAGAAAUGCUUCCACCUUAUUGUGACCAAAAUUGCCAGCUAAAAUGUUAUUAUUCUGUACCUGGUCCCCAACGAAGAGAAAUUUUUAAUGAAUUCAAUAAAUUGCAAAAUGUGAUUGAACAGAACUGUAAAAUUGCUCAAUUAGUACAAUUGGUUAUGGUUGAAAAUAUAGAAAGUAAUUUUGAAAGGUUUGUGACAUACCAUUUAACUAUGAAUAAGGAAUCUGUAAAGGUUUGCCAAUUGUUUUUUAUUAAUACAUUGGGUAUUUCUGAACACCGUCUUGAUGCCAUUUUGAAACCCGUCAAUUACAAUUGGUAUAUAAAUAGUGAUGCUGCAUUAAAAGCCAAUGUUCCAAAAGAAGCAACCACAAUAAAUGAGCAAAUUAUAAUCACAAAUUUUGUGAAAGAAUCUUUAAAAUUGUUAGAUAAGGAUUACAAUUUAUAUGUCCCUGAGAGUGAUACAGAAAUAGAUCUGGAAAAUGUACCAUCCCAAGAACAAGAAAAAGUGUUAAUGUAUAUAAAAAGUAUUCCUAGAAUUUUAUGUGUACCCAAAUUCCCUGGAGAUGUAAAGAAACAAUUAUUUGAAACCAGUAUUUGUAUGGGGUACAUGUAUAAAACAUAUUCUGAAAAUUAUAUUAAAAAUAAAAUUCCGCCGCCAUAUACAAAACGUCAGUUUAAGAAAAUCUAUAACCUGUAUAUGAAGUCUCACUUAAAAAUGGUUUGAAUUCAAAUUAAUUUUUUUACAGUUAUAUUUUUAUAUGAAUACAGUUUAUAGAAAAGAA